AGCGGACAACAGAAGCCGCUUCAGUCUCCGCUCUUCGUCUGUGUCUGCUGCUCUUUAGUUUAGAUUUUCCUCCUUUUGUCUUUUGCUACUUUUAGUUUCUUAACUUGUGUUUUUAUUUGUCUGAACUGAAAAUGCUUUCCGCUCGCUCUCCUCUCUCCGUCAGGGAUGAAAACACACUCAGCAGUCAGAUCAACAACAUGGCGCUGGAUAAAGAAAACACGCCUCCGAGUCUGAACAACACGCGCAUCCUGGCGUCUAAAACCGCGCGAAAAAUCUUCGACGAUGCUGAGCCCAAACCCGUGAAGAAGAGCAGCGGCGGUGAGGAGGAGGAGCCUCUGCUGAAGGACAACCCUCGUCGCUUCGUCAUCUUCCCAAUCCAGUACCACGACAUCUGGCAGAUGUACAAGAAGGCCGAGGCCUCGUUCUGGACCGCAGAGGAGGUGGACCUGUCGAAGGACCUGCAGCACUGGGAGUCUCUGAAGGACGAGGAGAGGUACUUCAUCUCUCACGUGUUGGCGUUCUUCGCCGCCAGCGACGGCAUCGUCAACGAGAACCUGGUGGAGCGCUUCACACAGGAAGUGCAGGUGACUGAGGCCAGGUGUUUCUACGGCUUCCAGAUCGCCAUGGAGAACAUCCACUCGGAGAUGUACAGCCUCCUCAUCGACACCUACAUCAAGGAGCCCAAAGAGAGAGAAUACCUGUUCAACGCCAUCGAGACUCUGCCGUGUGUGAAGAAGAAGGCCGACUGGGCGCUCAACUGGAUCGGCAACAAGAGCGCCACCUACGGAGAGCGUGUGGUGGCCUUUGCCGCUGUGGAGGGAAUCUUCUUCUCUGGUUCGUUCGCUGCGAUCUUCUGGCUGAAGAAGAGAGGCCUGAUGCCCGGCCUGACCUUCUCCAACGAGCUCAUCAGCAGAGACGAGGGUCUGCACUGUGACUUCGCCUGUCUGAUGUUUAAACAUCUGGUGAACAAGCCGUCGACAGAAACCGUCACCAAGAUCAUCAAGAACGCCGUCGCCAUCGAACAGGAGUUUCUGACGGAGGCUCUGCCCGUGAAGCUGAUCGGGAUGAACUGUGAGCUGAUGAAGCAGUACAUCGAGUUCGUGGCCGACAGACUGAUGCUGGAGCUCGGCUUCUCCAAGAUCUACCGGGUAGAGAACCCCUUCGACUUCAUGGAGAACAUCUCUCUGGAGGGAAAGACCAACUUCUUUGAGAAGCGGGUGGGCGAGUACCAGAGGAUGGGCGUCAUGUCCGGCCCCACGGACAACACCUUCAGACUGGACGCCGACUUCUGAGGACAGAGGUGGACCUACACCCCCAACACUCAGUGACAUAUUUCAGCCAGAGAAACCAGUCGCUCCUCUGAUGGAGGAUGUUUCACAGUGUCACUACUUGGUCAAUAAUUGCAGAGAGUCCUCGUACAAUAAAGAUUUUACAGACAGAGGCCUCCAGGUGGAAAAGAGAAACAACUGGAUUCACAAAGUGAAGGUGUCACCACUUCGUCCACAACAUCGUCCACAAUCGCAGAGACAUGGUCCAUGGUCGGAGAGACAUUGUUGAGGAUGAGGGAGACAUCGUCCACGAUCAGAGACAUUGUCCACGAUCGCAGAGACCUUGUCAAAGACGAGAGAGACGUUGUCCAUGAUCAGAGACAUUGUCCCAUGCUUCGUAGAGCUCUGCGCAAGAAUCGGUAGUGACACUGUGGUUCCUCGAUUCGACGGCAUGACCGCGAUCAGGAGACAUUGUUAAUGAUCAUAGAGACACCGUCUAUGAUCUCAGAGACAUCGUCCACAAUCACAAAGACAUCGUCAAUGAUCACACAGACUUUGUUCAUAAUCUCAGAGACAUUGUCCGCGAUCACAGAGACGUAGUCCGCGAUCACAGAGUCUUCAUACAAUGAGGAAGUUCUUUGAGACCAGGACAGAGGCCUCCAGGUGUCACCACUUCGUCCACAACAUCGUCCACAAUCGCAGAGACAUGGUCCACGGUCGGAGAGACAUUGUUGAGGAUGAGGGAGACAUCGUCCACGAUCAGAGACAUUGUCCACGAUUGCAGAGACCUUGUCAAAGACGAGAGAGGCGUUGUCCAUGAUCAGAGACAUUGUCCCAUGCUUCGCAGAGCUCUGCGCAAGAAUCGGUAGUGACACUGUGGUUCCUCGAUUCGACGGCAUGACCGCGAUCAGGAGACAUUGUUAAUGAUCAUAGAGACACCGUCUAUGAUCUCAGAGACAUCGUCCACAAUCACAAAGACAUCGUCAAUGAUCACAGAGACUUUGUUCAUAAUCUCAGAGACAUUGUCCGCGAUCACAGAGACGUAGUCCGCGAUCACAGAGUCUUCAUACAAUGAGGAAGUUCUUUGAGACCAGGACAGAGGCCUCCAGGUGUCACCACUUCGUCCACGAUCACAGAGACAUGGUCCAUGAUCGGAGAGACAUUGUUGAGGAUGAGGGAGACAUCGUUCACGAUCAGAGACAUUGUCCAUGACUCGUGGUGACUCGGUCCCCGAUUAGUCGGCACUGCCGGCGUUCAGAGACAUUGUCGAUGAUCGCAGAGACUUUGUCCAUAAUCUCAGAGACAUUGUCCACGAUCACAGAGACGUAGUCCAUGAUCGGAGAGAGUCUACGUGCAAUGAAGAAGUUCUUUGAGAACAGGACAGAGGCCUCAAGCUGUCAGCACUUCGUCCAUGACAUCGUCUCGAGACGUCGUCCUCGAUCGGAGAGACAUUGUUGAGGAUGAGGGAGACAUCGUCCAUGAUCAGAGACAUUGUCCACGAUCGCAGAAACCUUGUUAAAGACGAGAGAGACAUUGUCCCAUGCUUCGCGGAGCUCUGCGCAAGAAUCGGUAGAGACACUGUGGUUCCUCGAUUCGACGGCAUGACCGCGUUCAUGGAGACAUUGUCGUUGAUCUCAGAGACAUUGUCUGCAAUCACAGAGACAUUGUUCAUGAUCACAGAGACUUUGUCCAUAAUCUCAGAGACAUUGUCCGCGAUCGCAGAGACGUAGUCCACGAUCACAGAGAGUCUUCGUACAAUGAAGAAGUUCUUUGAGACCAGGACAGAGGCCUCCAGGUGUAACCACUUCGUUGACGACAUCGUCCACGAUCACAGAGACAUGGUCCAUGAUUGGAGAGACAUUGUUGAGGAUGAGGGAGACAUCGUUCACGAUCAGAGACAUUGUCCAUGACUCGUGGUGACUCGGUCCCCGAUUAGUCGGCACUGCCGGCGUUCAGAGACAUUGUCGAUGAUCGCAGAGACUUUGUCCAUAAUCUCAGAGACAUUGUCCGCGAUCACAGAGACGUAGUCCGCGAUCACAGAGUCUUCAUACAAUGAGGAAGUUCUUUGAGACCAGGACAGAGGCCUCCAGGUGUCACCACUUCGUCCACGAUCACAGAGACAUGGUCCAUGAUCGGAGAGACAUUGUUGAGGAUGAGGGAGACAUCGUCCACGAUCAGAGACAUUGUCCACGAUUGCAGAGACCUUGUCAAAGACGAGAGAGACGUUGUCCAUGAUCAGAGACAUUGUCCCAUGCUUCGCAGAGCUCUGCGCAAGAAUCGGUAGAGACACUGUGGUUCCUCGAUUCGACGGCAUGACCGCGAUCAGGAGACAUUGUUAAUGAUCAUAGAGACACCGUCUAGGAUCUCAGAGACAUCGUCCACAAUCAUGAAGACAUCGUCAAUGAUCACAGAGACUUUGUUCAUAAUCUCAGAGACAUUGUCCGCGAUCACAGAGACGUAGUCCACGAUCACAGAGUCUUCAUACAAUGAAGAGGCCUCAAGGUGUCACCACUUCGUCCGCGAUCGCUGAGAUGUCAUCCUCGUUCGCUGAGACGUCAUCCUCGAUCGCUGAGACAUGGUCCAUGAUCGGAGAGACAUUGUUGAGGAUGAGGGAGACAUCGUCCACGAUC